AUGCUUACAUUAAGUGGUAUACCUUAUUCAUUAAAUAAAUAUGCACAAAUAGGAUCAUUUGUUAUAACAUUUGAAUUGUUUUCUUUACAUGCACUAUAUAAAACAUAUUUGUGUUAUUCAUAUAAACAUAAAAAUCUAUCCUCGCUCUGUAAGUACAAUAUGUUAUCCAACUGUUUCUUGACAUAUAUGUUAUUGUGCAUUCAAUUAUCCUUUUAUAGUAAUUGUGCCGCGACAACACUUAAUUCUUUUUCAUCAUCCCCGAAUGACAUAUCUGUUAUGAUAAUACUGAUAAAAGAUUGGAAUGUUAAAUAUAAAUUCAUUAUAAUUGUUGAAAAUGUGAAGGUGAAUUCAUAUAUUACAGAAAGAAGUUACUUUAUAAGCAUAUCUUUCACUUAA